ACGCAAAGAUCAAACCCAUUCUUUCUCCAACAUAUCAAACCAUCGCCGCCCAGUGACAAACUUCACCGCCCAGCCCACUGCCACGGUCGGAACACGCCGCCACCGCCCAGUGACAGCCCCACCCGCACCGCUCAGCCCACUGAUCCUCCACCGGUAAGUUCUGAGUAAUGGGUUGCUCCAAUCCAUUUUUUGGCUGGGCGGUUGUGCUUGAAUUUGGUGGAUGUAGGAUGUAAAAAAUCACUUGCAUGGGCUGAAGGUUGUUGGUGAAUUGGAUUUCAAACUAUGUGGCUUGAGAGACAAGAGGCCAUUUGCUUAACAGGUUAGAAAAUGCAUGCACCGAAAAGUCUUCAGGGCCUUUCUAUGGAGAACAAGAUACUGACACCUCACUCAGGAACUUCUGAGUUAUCAAGAAAGAGGAAGUUGAUAGCUGUGAAGAAGCAUGACACAAUUUCUGUAUCAGAUUAUGAAUCUAGCUCUCCUAAAGAGGCAAGCCUGCAACAUGAAACUCGCUCACCGUCUGGGAGAAAUGUAGGAGAAAAUUCUCUUGAAUUGUCUUCAAAGCAAAGCCCUCCGUCUGUAGAACCGACUAUCUUCCAGCAUCAAUCUGAUAAAGGUCAAUUUGAUGGUCAGAAUAAUCUCCCAGAAACUAAACAAACUGGUAAUGGAUAUUUCUUCAAAGCUGGAGCUGAGAAAAUAAGCAAUGCAUCUCCAAGUGUGUUGCUUCAGUCUUUUCAUCAUAGAGGAUCACCACUGAGCAAAAAAGAAAAUGAUAGAGGUCAUGGAGGUGGCAAUAUCCAAAUACUGAAGCAAGUAGAGGGAUCAGAUGUUGAGAACUUUAAGCGUUCCUUCUUGGAAGAAACUGGACUUAAAAAUGGUGACCCUCCUCAUACCGUGGAUAUUGGGAAUGAUCUAAGUCAUGGCUCUUUUAAGUCCUAUAAAAAAAGUAAAUCACUUGUCAGAAAAGAAGCUCCCGCCGUUGCCAAGAAGCUCUGGGAGGGGUCCCUUCAGUUGAAUUCUUCUGUAACUGUGUUAGCAGUUGCCUUCUUUAAGAGCGGUCAGAAGAUGCCUAAUGUCAAGUGGUCUGAAUCUAUAGAAGUCAAAGGGAAAGUGAGGUUUGAGGCUUUUGAAAAAUAUAUUCAAGAUCUUCCUCGUUCACGCAACCGAGGGUUGAUGGUAAUCUCGCUUUGCUGGAAAGAGGGGUCUUCUGAAAGUGGACUGGCAGGCAUGAAAAAGGUUGCAAAAGGGUACAAAGAUGGGGAGAGGGUUGGGUUUGCAUCACUCUCUCCAGGUAUGGAUCUUUACAUAUGUCCUCGCAGUGAGACCAUAAUCACAAUACUCGCUAAACAUGGGUUCUUCAAGGGCAUGGCUGCUGUUGAAGACAACCAAGAUUCCUUGAUUGGUUGUGUUGUGUGGCGAAGGAACCAAUCAAAUUCCAUUACUGUUGUAAAGAAAUCCGAGAAAAAGAAUUGUUCCUUUAUGGAGCAGCCUGUCAACUCCCCUCUGUAUGCAUCUACCGUAAGAGUUGUAGAAGAUAAUAUAUCAAAUGCACAACCGGCUGAGGAAUCCAUCCCAGUUGCAUCAGGAACAGAUUGUGCAACUCUUGAGAGUAAAAAAAAUGAUGGUAUUGAAACCAAGAAUGUUGAGCCCAGUAACGUCCUACUUGAGUUGCACAAUCCGUCUGCCAUCAUUAGAUCCUUGCCAACACCUUCAGUCCCAAGAAAUUCUCCUUCUGUUUUAGUGGAAAUGAAAGUAUCAUCUUCUAACCGUGCAUCUCAUCAGGAUUCUUUAGGACAAUCCUUGGAAGUUGAAGCUCCUCAAAUGCACAAUUCAGGACGAGAGAAAGCAAAACCCAGUUUGGAACUUCGAAGACCUGUCUUGGCUCUCCCAUCUGAAGUCACGAACAAAGUUGCAUCUCUGCCUGAUGAUGACGAUCUUCCUGAAUUUGACUUUGGGAUUUCACCUGUUCUUUCUCAGACUCUAACAAGCAACCCUUUAGAUGCUGUAAUAUCUAACAAGAAACUUCCAGCUGGAGGACCUUGGAACAUGGAUGGUUCCCUGCCAACAAUGGAACGAACUGCAGAGUCACUAAUUUUCAAUCAGAGAAGAUUGGAAAAUUCGAAUCUUGCAAAACUUCCAGUAGGUUCCAUUCAGAAGAAGAUUCCACCAGGGAAUUUUGUUGAACAUGGCAAGAUCUUUGGAUCUUCCAUUUUGGAAAAAAAACACAUUGCCCAAAACAUAGCUGUCAGCACACGACGUAGCCGCACUGCUGUUCCAUUUUCAAAGAGUUGUUUUGGCGAAGAUGAGGAUGACAUGCCUGAGUGGUGCCCACCAGAUGUUGAGCUUCACAAACAAUCGGUUCCGCAAUCAUUGCCAUACUCGAUGUUUGAAGUUUCACAUGGUCCUACACCUCCUCUGCGCCCUUCUUCAUCUCUGGUCGCCAUCCAUGCACCAUUUUCUGCCCACACAUUCCCUCGUGCGUAUAAUUGCCACAAUACGGUCACUGCAAGAUCCACGCAGCCAAGACCGGCUAACGGAUACAUGCCAAGGGGUCCAAGUUCGUUCAUGAGAUUGAAUUCUGAAACACUACUGAGACCAACUUCAAACACAUUUGAUGUCAAAUUUCCUGUACAUCCUGCCAGUUGGAGAGGCUGGAGAUCGUGAUACUUGAAGAGCAACACAAGUUAUAACCUGAUCCUUGAACCGGUAUGUGAAGUAGAGUGAUUUAAAUAGGAAUGCCAAGUUGUACAUAUUACAUAAUCAGCAAGUUAACUUGCAGCUUCAUGCUUAGAGUCGUCUGUGUUUAGAUUUUCAGUGACUCUUAAAUUUUUUUUUUUUUUUUUUUUUUUUUUUUCAUAUCUUGAUUUUCCUAUUAUACAAUGCUUUUCUGGUGAAAGCCAGUUACUGUAAUCUUUGAACUGAUGUGUAAUAAUCUUGCAAUUUGGGGGUAGGAAUACCUAUUGCCUAUUGGUUAAUGAUACUUGUGAAUGUAGCCUUAGUUUCAGCA